CUGCAGUGACUCAAUCGCAUCGAUCCGUUUGCUAUCGACACGUCUAAGCAGUCAGGAAAGAUACAGCCGACACACACCAGCCCGUCCCCUCCCACGAGGCACUCGCGCUAGCUAGGCAGUCUGCUGCCGAGAAGGGACCAUCUAGCCAUCCACCGCUCUGUCUGUCUGUCUGCCUGUCCAGCAGCCGCCCAGCAGCACCAACGAACAUCAUAUCAGAAUGGCCGGCUGCUCAAAAGGGCAUCUCACAUAUCAGGCUGUCUGAAUUCAUCGGCUGCUCUGUCGUGUGUGCCUCCCUCCCUCUCGCUGGCCAGCUAGCCAGUCAGUCAGCAGCUACACACACGCCAUGUCGGCCAUUCACACAGCCGAUCAAUGCAAAGGAAAGGCACACAGACAGACACAGGUAGGGCCGCUCGGCUGUCUGUCUAUCAGUCGACGGGCCGCCAUAUGCAGACAAACAAACACAACGAGUCCCUUUCUAUGUCUGUGUCUGUCUGUAGAGAAAGAGAGGAGAGGCCGUUUAUCUGACUGACUGACUGACCCGCCGGUGCUCACUUAGCCGCCCCUCACUCCGCGGCGGGUAAGAGACGCGGAGAGAGAAUAGAGUGAUCUAUCCACACACACACACACACAGACAGACACAGACAGCCGGACGGAGAGAUCACUUGACGAACAAGCAGACAAAAAGAAAACCAAUCAGACAGACACACAUACACACACAGAGCGAGAGAAGGCUGUGAGUGGCCGACCGAUAAGCAACUCGCCGGCUCCUCGCUUGUAAGCUCAUCGCAGACGGAUCUUAUAGACAGCCAUGACGAUACGCUCACUCCAUCGCUCAACACCGAGGCACACAGUCAGACAGUCAACGAGGGAAGAGCCCCCGGCCACACGCAUGAGUGUGUGACACACAGCCGCCCCCAUCUGUGUGUGUGUGUGUCCACUGUCCUACUCUAUGCUGAUCAACCGCAGCUGAUAGUAGCGGCCGAAGUAUCCGGCUGGCAGUAAGAUUUGCCUGACCUCCCCCACACUCAUCGACAGCAGCGCCUCCUGGAACAACGCACCCCGAUCAGACACACGACACACCACCCGACGGUUAUCGUAUGGCUGUGCCACCCACCCACGGUAAUCGUAGGCUUUGUUGUGGCCGUCGAAUGCGUCGCGCCACGAAAUCCAGUCGAACUUGACGGUGUCGGUGAGUGUGGGCACUCUGCCGGUGCCGCGCUGCACUACCUUGUGGUAUGCGCCACUUGGAUAGCGCAUGAAGUUGUCAGGAAUGUUGCCAUUGCUGGCCGCAUCUCCUCCUCCCCCCGCUGCAGCCGCGGCUGCUGCCGGCUGCUGUGGCCCGUUGUGAUCGUCCUGACGGCGUCGCUUGGUACUGACAGAUGGCCUGACACACAGAAUGGCAUACCAAGUCAGAAAUGCCCAACACGACUGUGUGCGGCUCAGUCGCUCACUGGUGGUGUUUGAAGCAGAACUUGACAUCUCUGUUGAAUGACGGGUGAGAGAUGGCCACUCGCUGCCCUCUGACGUCCAUCUCAUAGCCGCCAUGGCCGUCCUCAUAGACAAAAUGACCACCGAACUCAAACACCUCCACGAGGCGGUCACUCAUGGCUCUC